UUGAAAGCGAAACAAGGUGUGAAGACACCAGAUGAUGAAGACAUUAUUAACGAUGGCACUUAUAAUGAUGCCAUACCAAAUGUUGAAGACAAGCCUAAUGUUAAAGACAUUUACCUAGAUGACAAUCCUGACAAGCCAACUGAAGAACAGUAUGAAAUAGAAAUGUCGAAAAAACGUGGGGCCAAAAAAGGAAAAAAUUUGGAUGAAGAUUUUGAAGAAAGUUCCAGUAUUAUUAGCGAAAAAGAAAAAACAAAUUCAAAAACUCCCAAGACUAAGACUACUAAAAAAGGGAAAAAAGGAAAGGAUGACUGGAGUGAUGACGAGGAAAUUGAACAAGGCAAAGAAAUUAAUCAAUCCGAACCAGCUGAAAGUAAACCAGUAGUUAAGAAAAAGGCCAAAAAGGGCAAAGGCAAUAAGAAUGAUGACUGGUCAGACAAGGAAGAAGUAGAUAUAAAACUUUCAGAAAGUGAAUCGGAGUCAAUACCUGUAGCAGUGAAAAAAUCUACUAAGAAAAAUAAGAAAAAGAAAGAUGAUUGGUCAGAUAAAGAUGUUGAUAUACAAUUAUCUGAAAGUGAUAUUGAAGAGGCACCUAAAAUUGCUAAGAAGUCAGCUAAGAAAAGUAAGAAAAAAGAUGAUUGGUCUGAUAAAGAAGAUAUAGAAAUAGAAAAUAAAUUAUCUGAGAGCGAAGAAGAACCAGUACGAGAUGAAUCUCAAGAAGAUGAGGAAAUGGAAUCAAAAGAUGAAGGUUUUAAGGAGGAUGACGUAAGCGAAGAAGAAAUUGUGAAACCUAUUAAACAAGACGAAAAGAAAAGCAAAGGCAAAGAAUCGAAGAAAGGCGAAAAUAAAAUUGAUAUAGAAGUUAAAGUAGAAAUUAAAGAAUCUAAAGAAGAUUCUCCUAUAGUAGAAGAAAAAAUAAUAGAAAAUGGCAGAACUGAAAAACAUAACAAAGAGUUAGAAAAUAAAAGUAAUGAUGUAGAAGACUUAACAGAAAAACUAAGUACUACGCAAAUAAGUGAUGAUAAAUUAGAGGAAUCUAAAGAAAAAAAACUUACGCAUAAAGAAAAGAAAAAAAUGAAGAAACAACAGGAAUACGAAAAACAAAUGGAAACCAUGUUGAAAAAGGGUGGACAAGGACAUUCUGAAUUAGAUAGUAAUUUUACUGUAUCACAAACGCAAAAGACUGCUGGACAAUUGGCUGCAUUUGAGAAUGCUGUAGAUAUAAAAGUUGAAAAUUUCAGUAUUUCUGCUAAAGGUAAUGAUUUAUUUGUGAAUGCCAAUUUAUUGAUAGCUCAGGGCAGACAUUAUGGUUUAGUAGGACCUAAUGGCCAUGGUAAAACAACACUACUGAGACAUGUAGCACAACGUGCAUUUGAUAUUCCUCCAAAUAUCGAUAUUCUCUAUUGUGAACAAGAAGUUGUGGCAGAUGAUAAUACUGCUGUUGAAACUGUCCUAGCAGCCGAUGUCAAACGUAAUGAUUUAUUAGCCGAAUGUAAAAAAUUAGAAGCCGCUGCUAAUAGUGGAGAUUUAGAAAUUCAGGAGAGACUUAACGAAGUUUACAGUGAACUUAAAGCUAUAGGGGCCGAUUCUGCUGAACCUAGGGCUAGGAGAAUUUUAGCUGGUUUAGGAUUCGACAAGGAAAUGCAGGAUCGUGCUACCAAAAAUUUCUCUGGAGGUUGGAGAAUGAGAGUAUCCUUAGCCAGAGCAUUGUAUAUCGAACCAACGUUACUUUUGCUUGAUGAACCGACUAACCAUUUAGAUUUAAACGCUGUAAUUUGGCUUGAUAAUUACUUGCAAGCUUGGAAAAAAACUCUAUUAAUCGUUUCCCACGACCAGUCUUUCUUAGACAACGUUUGUAAUGAAAUUAUUCAUUUGGAUAAUAAGAAAUUAUACUAUUAUAAAGGAAAUUAUUCUAUGUUUAAGAAGAUGCAUGUGCAAAAGAAAAGAGAGAUGAUAAAAGAGUAUGAGAAGCAAGAAAAGAGGAUAAAAGAAUUGAAGUCGUCAGGCUCUUCCAAAAAACAGGCGGAAAAGAAACAAAAAGAAGCCCUUACUAGAAAACAGGAGAAGAAUAGAACUAAGAUGCAGAAACAAGAAGAGGACACAACUCCCACAGAACUAUUACAAAGACCUAAAGAUUAUUUAGUCAAAUUUCGUUUCCCAGAACCUCCUCCUUUGCAGCCACCUGUUUUAGGAUUACACAAUACAAGAUUUGCCUAUCCCGGACAAAAACCUCUAUUUGUAGAUACAGAUUUUGGUAUUGAUAUGAGCAGCAGAGUUGCAAUCCGAAUUGGUAGAUUUGACCAGCACUCUGGUGAACAUUUAACGGCCGAAGAAACACCUAGCGAAUAUCUAAUGCGUCUUUUCGAUCUUCCCUAUGAAAAGGCGCGUAAACAAUUAGGAACAUUUGGAUUAGCUAGUCAUGCACAUACCAUUAAGAUGAAAGAUUUAUCUGGUGGUCAAAAAGCAAGAGUAGCCUUGGCAGAACUCUGCUUAAAUGCUCCCGAUGUAUUAAUUUUGGAUGAACCGACGAACAAUUUAGAUAUAGAAUCCAUAGAUGCCUUAGCCGAAGCAAUUAACGAAUAUACCGGAGGAGUCAUAAUUGUGUCUCACGACGAGCGACUUAUCAGGGAAACAAAUUGCUCUUUAUAUAUCAUAGAAGAUCAAACCAUCAACGAACUAGACGGAGACUUCGAUGACUACAGAAAGGAAUUAUUGGAAAGUUUGGGAGAAGUCAUCAAUAGUCCCAGUAUAGCAGCCAAUGCAGCGGUGGCCCAAUAAUAAAUAUAAUUUUGUAUUUAAAUUAUGUUUUUUUUAAAUUCUACAAUCAUACCCAUCAUGACCAUAUUUUUAAAAAACUUAAAACAUAUUAAACUUAUGGUUAUUUUAUUAUAAUAAUACUUAUUACCUUUUACCAAUUAUAAUUACUUUCAAGAAUAACAAUAUUCGGACUAAAUGAUAUCAUAAAUAUCUUUUGAGAAACAAAUCAGUCUCUAAAAUUGUGUACCCCUUCAUAUGAUUAUUAGAUGUUUGAAUUUAAAAAGUCAUAUGUUUAUGUAAUUGUGAAUGGCCUUAUGAAUAUUAAUUAAAUGCAUAAUUUACAGAAAGUUUAUUUAUCUUUUAUAUAAUUAUUUUUGCUCAUUGUAUAUUAUGCAUUUUGUAAAUAUAUCGACUUGAAGACAC